AGCCCCUCUCCGCUCGCCCGGCAGCGCGGAGCCAAGAUGGAGGAGUACGCGCGCGAGCCCUGCCCCUGGCGCAUCGUGGACGACUGUGGCGGGGCCUUUACGAUGGGAACCAUAGGUGGUGGGAUCUUUCAAGCCAUCAAAGGUUUUCGCAGCUCUCCCGCGGGAGUGAACCGCAGGCUGCGAGGGAGCUUGGCGGCUGUGAGGACCAGGGCUCCGCAGCUGGGAGGUAGCUUUGCAGUCUGGGGAGGUCUGUUUUCCAUGAUAGACUGCAGUAUGGUUCAAGUCAGAGGGAAAGAAGACCCCUGGAAUUCCAUCACGAGUGGCGCCUUGACGGGAGCCAUCCUGGCAGCAAGGAACGGACCAGUGGCCAUGGUAGGGUCCGCCGCCAUGGGGGGCGUUCUCCUAGCUCUCAUCGAAGGAGCUGGCAUCCUGUUGACAAGAUUCGCCUCUGCUCAGUUUCCCAACGGUCCCCCGUUUGCUGAAGACCCCUCCCAGUUGCCUUCAGCCCAGCUGCCGGCCUCCCCCUUCGGGGACUGUCGGCAGUACCAGUAGGCCCUCUCCCAGGACUUCUGUGACGGGAGGAGCUGCGCUUCAGAGAAGGGCUUCACACGAUCAAGUCCAGUCCGGUUUUAAACCCGGAGGCGGGACAGCUGUGGCCAGUAGGCUGCGGAGAACCAUUUAGCACCUUUUCUACUCGUCUACUCGACGGAACGUGGGGGGAGGUCUUAGAAGAUAACACGUGUAUUUAUUCACACUUGAUUGCAUUUGUGAUCAGAGUAAAUGUCUAGACUCUUUAGAAGGAAAUACAGGAAAUGCGGAGGAGCCGGAGGACCAGACGGCCGCGAAGCACGACCGUCGUGCCUGGGGGACGUCUCUGCCUGUUUGUCCUGUUAGUCAGACAAUAAAAAACGCCUGGCGAGUGUGCUUUCUUCUAAGAUAAGUCGUAGAGGUCU